GGCUCCGCCGCCCCGAUGCGCUUCACCGGCUCCCCGGCACCCGCGGGCGACGGCGGCGGAGGCCGCCGGUCCAGGCAGCUCCUUCGGCUGUCGCCGCCGCCGCCGUUGCUGCUCUUCCUGCUGCUGCUCCUCCUGCCGCUGCCGCCGGCGUCCCAAGCGGAUGCCGUCUUGCCCGUCCCGGUCACGCCGUCCGGACGCUGCCCGUCGUCGGGGGACAACAAGCGAAGCAGCCCGGCCAAGGCUUCCUCCGCCGAGAGGCGCCCGCCGGGAACUGAUUUUUGCCAUUUACUGAGCCCACCCUGUUUUACUGAGGAGGAUAAAUACAGUUUGGAAGCUCUCCGAACAAUUCAUAAACAGAUGGAUGAUGACAAAGAUGGUGGCAUUGAAGUAGAAGAAAGCGAUGAGUUUAUCAGAGAAGAUAUGAAAUAUAAAGAUGCAUCUAAUAAGCACAGCCACUUGCACAGGGAAGACAAGCACAUCACCAUUGAGGAUUUAUGGAAACGUUGGAAAACAUCAGAGGUUCACAAUUGGACACAAGAAGCGACGCUUCAGUGGUUGGUGGAAUUUGUCGAACUUCCUCAGUAUGAGAAGAAUUUCAGAGAAAAUAAUGUCAAAGGAACAACAUUGCCAAGGAUAGCAGUUAAUGAGCCUGCAUUUAUGAUGUCUCAGUUGAAAAUUAUUGAUCGGAGCCACAGACAGAAACUUCAGCUGAAGGCCUUGGAUGUGGUGUUAUUUGGACCCCUUACACGCCCACCCCACAAUUGGAUGAAAGAUUUUGUACUCACAAUCUCCAUCAUGAUUGGUAUCGGCGGUUGCUGGUUUGCCUAUACGCAGAACAAGACUUCAAAAGAGCACGUUACCAAAAUGAUGAAAGACCUGGAAAGUCUCCAGACCGCCGAACUAUCUCUUUGUGAAUUGCAAGAAAGGCUUGAAAAAGCACAGGAAGAGAAUCGAACCGUUGCCGUAGAGAAGCAGAACUUAGAACGCAAGAUGAUGGAUGAAAUCAGCGAUGCCAAACGAGAAGCCUGCCGGCUCAAAGAGUUGAGAGAAGGAGCCGAGUGUGAACUCAGCAGACUAAAAUACGCAGAAGAGGAGCUGGUGCAGGUCCGUAUGGCCUUAAAAAAGGCAGAGAAGGAGUUCGAACUGCGAAGCAAUUGGUCUGUUCCCGAUGCGCUGCAGAAGUGGCUGCAGCUCACGCACGAAGUGGAAGUCCAGUACUACAACAUUAAGAGGCAAAAUGCAGAAAUGCAGCUAGCCAUCGCCAAGGAUGAGGCAGAAAAGAUUAAAAAGAAGAGAAAUACUGUAUUUGGAACAUUACACGUUGCACACAGCUCUUCACUUGAUGAAGUGGACCACAAGAUUCUGGAAGCAAAGAAAGCACUUUCUGAAUUAACUACCUGCUUGAGAGAACGACUCUACCGAUGGCAGCAGAUUGAGAAGAUUUGUGGCUUCCAAAUAGCCUAUAACUCAGGGCUGCCAAGCCUCACCUCCUCCCUCUACUCUGACCACAGUUGGGUGGUCAUGCCGCGAGUGUCCAUCCCACCCUACCCAAUUGCGGGCGGAGUCGAUGACCUCGAUGAAGAUACCCCUCCCAUCGUUUCCCAGUUUCAUGGGUCUGCUGUGAAAACCAGCACCUUAGCACGGAGUAGCAGCAUGUAUCGCUCCAGGCGAAAUGUGGUGCCGUCAUCGCCUCAGUUGCAACACACAGCGCAAACACCCAACGCUGCGCACACGCAGGCAACUUUGCCCUCUGCAGACCCCGACCUCCUUUCCGUGUCCAGUUGCCCUGCUGCUUAUCGUACCGAAGAAGAGGAGGAAGCGAUUUACUUCACCGCUGACAAGCAAUGGGAAGUUCAGGAUACCGUUUCCGAGAGCGACUCCUUCAACUCUUCCGUUGGAAGGAAGCAGUCUCCCCCUUCAAGCCUUGAAAUAUAUCAACCCCUCUCCCCUCAAAAGACAUCCCAGGAGGAUGUGUCCUUAGAACAAUCCUCCACCGGAGACUCUUCCUCCCUCACCGCCGAUAUCUCCCGGGGUUCCCCGGACUGUGCGGGACUGACAGAAACGAAGAGUAUGAUCUUCAGUCCCGCCAGCAAAGUGUACAACGGCAUCCUGGAGAAGUCCUGCAGCAUGAACCAGCUUUCCAGCAGCGGCGUUCCUGUCCCCAAGCCUCGGCACACCUCAUGUUCCUCCACCAGCAGCGAAAGCCGAGCCCGGCACGAACCUUCUCCCGUCUCCCGGAUCAGUAGCAUUUCACAAGACCUUUGUCAUAACGGAGAGCGAAACAAAAAACCAUCCAAAAUCAAGAGCCUUUUCAAGAAGAAAUCCAAGUAAGGCUGCUCGGAGGACACACACACACACACACACACACACAACUUUUCAACCACAUGGCAUUCUUUGACUUGGCGGUCAUUAUUAUUGUUAUUAUUUAAAUUAAGUAUGUAGUUGUCAGACUUUCCUAGGCCACAGCGAGAAAAAAAUCUCUUCUUUAGGUCAAACUCUCUUUUCUGUUUUAAAGUCCACUUGCAUCAGCUGUCAAUGAGAAAUUUUUCCAAUUUCAAGACAGUUUACUACGGUCAUUUGUCUAUUUAUUUCUUGCUUUUUUUUUUUUAGUUUAUAUAUAAAAUGUUUUUUAAAAUUAAAAAAAAAAUCAGCAACACUUUAACACAAGCUUUAAAUGGACCUGUAAGCCUACAUGGGCUUGCCAUUUUUUUUCUUCUUGUUUACCUGAGCAUCUUCUUAAUCUUUCCAUAGAAGCUAUGGUAUUGUGUACUGGACAUAACAUAACUUUUUGAAUGAAGUACAACUACUUAAAUUGCACUACUGUUCUCCUGACUGGAAAGUAUCUUUGCAAGUGAAACAGUUUUAAAACUUGUAAAAAUAAAGA